UCCUAAACAAAGCGCUCUCUAUAUAUCAUCACUUCUCUCGCCACCUCCUUCUCUCCUCACUCCAGCUUCACCCCUCUCUCUCUAGCCAGCUUAAACCUUAACUUCCCCGACAAAGAAGCGGAGUCAAAGACCCAGAAGAGAGGAAAAGGGAUGAUCAGCAAGGACGCCAACUGGUGGAUCUUCGCCCUCCCUGCCUUCUUGGGCUCCGACCGCCUCCUUGAAGAUGCGUACGUCGUCGUUCCCUCCAUCUUCCUCGCCUUCCUCGCUCUCUCCCUCCUCACUUGGGCUCUCUCCCCCGGCGGAAUCGCGUGGCGCCACGGCAGGAACCGCAAGGGCCGCGUCCCCAUCCACGGCCCCCUUGGCCUCCCCAUCUUCGGCAGCCUCCUCGCCCUCCGGCCGCCCCGGUCGAGACUGCCUCCCCACCGCGUCCUCGCCGCCGCCGCCGCCCGCACCCCGGCCGGGGCCCAGCUCAUGGCCUUCAGCCUCGGCUCGGCCCCGGCCGUCGUGUCCUCCGACCCGCGCACCGCCCGUGAGAUCCUCGCCUCCCCGGGCUUCGCCGACCGCCCGCUCAAGCGCUCCGCCCGCAGCCUCAUGUUCGAACGGGCCAUCGGGUUCGCCCCCGCCGGCGCCUACUGGCGGCUCCUCCGCCGCGUCGCGGUCCACCUCUUCGCCCCGCGCCGCGUCUCGGCCCACGGGCCGGCCCGCCUGCUCGACUGCGCCGCGAUGGUGAGCCGCAUCGCCGCCGAACAAAGGGUCCGCGGCUUCGUGGCGCUCCGGGAUCACCUCCAGCUGGCCUCGCUGAACAGCAUCAUGGGGAGCGUGUUCGGGAAGCGAUACGACGUCGGCCGCGACGCCGAGGAGCUGGAGGACCUGAGGUCGAUGGUGAGAGAAGGGUUCGAGCUGCUGGGGGCGUUCAACUGGUCCGACUACGUGCCGUGGCUGAGCUACGUGCACGACCCGGCUCGCGUGGACGAACGCUGCGCGAGGCUCGUCCCGAGGGUGAAACGCUUCGUUCGCGGCAUCAUCGCAGAGCAUCGGCGGAAGAACGAUGAGGGCAGCAACAAGGUCGCCGCCGACGAAGCUGAUUUCGUCGACGUCUUGCUCUCCCUGGAUGGCGACGAGAAGCUCGAUGAGGAUGACAUGGUCGCCAUCUUAUGGGAAAUGAUUUUCAGGGGCACGGACACGACGGCUCUGUUAACCGAGUGGAUCAUGGCCGAGCUGGUGUUGCACCCGCGAGUCCAGGAAACGCUCCGGAGAGAGCUUGCCGACGCCGCCUCCCGCGGCGGCGGGGGAGGCUUGACUGAUGCUGACAUGGCCAGGCUGCCCUACUUGCAGGCCGUGGUCAAGGAAGGCCUGAGGAUGCACCCCCCGGGCCCUCUCCUCUCGUGGGCCCGACUCUCCACGUCGGAUGUCCAGCUCAGCAACGGGAUGCUGGUCCCGGCCGGCACGACGGCGAUGGUCAACAUGUGGGCCAUCUGCCACGACCCGAGCGUGUGGGAGGAUCCGGACACGUUCAUGCCCGAGAGGUUCCUCGAGCGCGACGUGGAUGUUCGGGGCGGCGACCUGAGGCUCGCCCCGUUUGGGUCCGGGCGCCGGGUCUGCCCCGGGAAGAAUCUCGGCCUGGCCACGGUGACCAUGUGGGUGGCCGAGCUGGUGCGCCGGUUCGAGUGGGCCGAGCAUGCAGCGUGCCCGGUCGACCUGAGCGAGCUCUUGAAGCUGUCCUGCGAGAUGAAGCAUCCGUUGCACGCCGUGGCGGUGGUGAGAAAUUGAGCUAAUGCUUCAUUCAUAAUUAGGGCCCGCGACAAAGCACUUUCACUCGCUACGUGAUAGAAGUAGUAGUAGAGCCUUCUUCUAGGGUUUUGCUUUCUCUCUUUUUCCUGGGUU